AAGGGCAGUUUGCUUGUUUACAUCUUUGUUAUCCUCCUGCGAGCGUUUGCAAAUUUCCAAAGAAAGUGAAAUUCGAUAACUGAAAGGCGAUCUUGUUUGUUCCUUAUGCCAAUUUUAAACAAAACAUUAUAAGUUUUACUGUAAUCUGCAUAAAAAAGCGAUUUGCAUCGAGAAAACGAUUCGUAAAAACUUUCGUUUUGAAAUCAACACGAAGGUCGUCACAGCGUGCAGCUUUUCUUUUGUGUACGCAAAGUGUUUGUUUAUCCAUGUUUUGAUACGCACAUUGUCGUGUGCGUUUUCUAAACAAUCAACCGCGUCGCUUUUUUGACCUUCCCACCGAGAUCGAGUGCAACAAGUACAGAGGAACGGAGAGCGGGAUUAACACAAACGCGACAACACAUCUUCGGGAGCUGGCAUAAAAAUAGCAUUUUCUUUCCGUUCGGUACGGGGAUUUCGUGAGCAAAGACGUAGGCAGUGACAAGGCCUUUCGGACUGCACCAGAACCCAUCAGCUGAACGACCACAACAAGCACAACGCCUAGCAUCGCAUCGGAACAUUGCCCCUGCGCUGCACACCACACACAACACACCCAAAGACGAAGGCGAUCGUGUUGUCGUCGACGUUGUCGUUGUCGCGUUGGUUUCGGUUCGUGCGUACACACAGCACCAGUCGGGAAAAUUACGCUGUGGCAAGUGGUUCUGCGGCGCACGAUUAUGGUGGGACAGCGAAAGUUUCAGCUAAGUGAGGUGGCCGCCCUCCAGCGGGACCACGUAAAAAUCCGUGACCCGGCCCGCGUCGAGCUGAUGCUGAACGAGCUGGUCGUGGGCGGCACAGAGAAGCUGCAGGUGGUGACCGAUUUCGAUUACACAAUCACCAAGCAGCGUCUCAGCAAUGGUGAGAAGGUGCUGACGAGCUUCGGCAUGUUCAACGAGUGCAAAUCGAUCCCGCAGGAUGUAAUUCUGGAGCAGCGCAACCUGUACCACAAGUACCGACCGAUCGAGAUCGACCCGCACAUGGAGCAUGAGGAGAAAGUGGGCUACAUGAUUGAAUGGUGGGCCAAAACGGGCGAUCUGUUAAAAGGCUUUAAGCUACCACAGGAAGAUAUCGACGAGGUGGCAAAACGGUACAAGGAUGGGCUGCGCGAUGGAACGCAUGACAUGUUUAAGGAGCUACACGACCAUAAUGUACCGUGUCUCGUGUUUUCGGCCGGUCUCGGCAACUGUGUAUCAUCGGUGUUAAAGCACGCCAAUGUGAUGUAUCCGAAUGUAAAGCUUGUGUCAAAUUUCCUGCAAUUUAGUGAAAAUGGUUUGCUGAACGGGCUGCAGGAUCCAAUGAUUCACACAUUCAACAAGAAUGAAACCGUCCUCGACGGUACAGAGUACUACGAUAUCGUACACUCGCGCGACCACGUCAUUGUGAUGGGCGAUUCGCUUGGUGAUGCCGGUAUGGCUAGCGGUGUGCCAUCAUCGUCCCACAUUCUGAAGAUAGGUUUUCUUUUCGAUCAUCCGGAACUCAAUCUACCUCGAUACAUGGAUGCGUUCGAUAUAGUGUUGGUUGACGAUCAAACCAUGGACAUCCCAAGAGCCAUCGUCGACAUGGUGAGGAAGCAAUCACACGAAUGAACGUGUGUUGUUGCAGGCGGCAAUUACACUUUGCAUUCAAUGGUUGCAUAGUUUCGAUGUUGCUUUGUUUUGAAACGCGACCAUCAUCACACAAAAUAUGCCACCGUUGCUGGAACGACCAGGCACCAUAAUCCGGCCUUGUUUGACUUAAGAAUACAACGUUACUCCUACUGCCGAGAAAAUGUCUCAAAUAAUGAAUUUAGUUACGGUGAACAACCAGCGUUCCAUACGUUUCACCAGAGUGAUUGUGAUCCAUUUUUGCUAGGGAGUGAGUGUGUAUCGUUAAACUUAACUUUGUUGUUUUUGGUUCCGUUUUAUUAACCACUCGUACUUUGGUAGACAUAUUUCUUAAGCAUCUCCAAGUGUAAACGGUUCAACAAAAUUUACGUUCGAAGUGUAUUCGAAUUCAAACAAAAUAUAUAUAUAAAUUCCGGACAA